UUGGGCCGGCAGCUUCGCCGCUUCCGCCCGGCCUGCUCAGCAGCUGCCCUGUCUGGUUCUGUCAGCCACGGAAAGCGCCCGGAGGGACUGAUCCGGGCAAGCCGCAAGCAUGAAAUCAGAACCUGAAGUUCCGCUGCACGAAGAGUUCACCUACGUUUAUGGAAUGGCUACGCAAGUCAUUAAGUGUGGGCCUUGGAAAGAUCUCUGGAAACGUAAAAGUGCUCCCAAAGCCUUGCUUCUAGUUAUUCCAGGUAAUCCAGGUUUACCAGGCUACUACCGGGCAUUCUUGAAAAAAUUGUACUCUUGCCUGAAUCAACAGUAUCCGGUCUGGGUCGUAGGGCAAGCUGGACACUGUAAACUCCCCCAAGGCAUGAAAAUGAUAGAAGAGACGGAUGUUAAUAAACUAAAUGAUGGCUUUGGACUUCGUGGACAAAUAGAACACAAGUUGAGCUUUAUUCGAAAGAAUGUACCAAAAGAUGUGAAGCUUGUGCUCAUUGGCCAUUCCAUCGGUGCCUACAUGAUCAUUGAAAUGAUGAAGCGCGCACAAGAUGUGGAGAUUCUCCGCAGUCUGCUGCUGUUUCCAACAGUGGAACGUAUGGCUGAGUCCCCACAAGGCAAGAUCAUGACACCCCUGCUCACCUGGUUUCGUUAUCCCUUGUACAUGCUUUCCUACUUCACAUCGUUUCUCCCAGACAGAAUAAAACACUUCGUGUUACGUUUGGCAUCUGUCAUACUGCACCUAGAUGACGCUACACUAGCGACUACUAUAGAUUUUCUCAAUUUCGAUUCUGUUGUAAACGCCGUAUACCUGGGAAAUCAAGAGAUGAAGCAGGUUGUAGAGAGAGAUAACACUGGCAUCAGAAAGCAUUUAAAGAAGCUGACUUUUUACUAUGGAACUAUAGACUGCUGGUGUCCCCUGCAAUACUAUGAAGAGAUGAAGAGGGAUUUCCCGGAUGGAGACAUCCGAUUGUGCGAGAAAGGACUCAAACAUGCUUUCGUCAUUGGUUCCAGUGAGGAGAUGGCUGAAAUGGUUGCAGACUGGGUGCGAGAUGAUCUGGCUAGGCUGUAAACAGGGGAGUGAAGCAAGUAGCACAGGGAAGUAUUUUAACUGUUUUAUGGGUGUAUGAUUAUACUUGAAAAUGUUUGCUCCUCAUUACGUUUCUACAGUUGCAGCUGGUUUCCUCUAAAGGAUGUGCCACAAAGUUCCCGAAAGAUAGUCCCAUUGACCCUCUGAAUCCCAAAGGAGUGGUUCUAAGUGCCUCGAAUGGAUUUUGUCAAAUGGAAAACAAUACCGUAAACAAGAGUAUGCUACCGGCCUUGGCUUCUGAACACCAAACUAGCAUGAGAUAAAUCACUGCUACCAGUUGGGAGCAGUCUCCUCUGUGAAAGGAGUGGUUGAGGUUGAGUUUCAGACAUCCAUAUGCAAUUAUGUGUUGUUGUUUUCCCACAACCUCAAGAGACUUGAGUGAGAAAGUCAAGGCAGGUCAAGCAUCACAAACAGAGCUUUCAUAUCCCCUCCAAUGCAAUACUGUGAAUGUAUGUGUUCAGGGGCAAAUUACUGAGGGUGAGAUGUCCAUGAAGGUAGCUUCAUGUGUGAAUCUGCCCUAAGAUCAGAAUGUUAAAAUACUUCAGUAUGGUGUAACAAAAUCCUGAUAAACCCAAUCACAGCACCAAGCUCUAAAUUCCUUUUUAUCUCACGUUUUAAAAAAUUGUUCUCAAAGAAUGCCAAGGAGAUUGUUUUUUGUGCAAAUACUUCCUUGAAACGUUUUAUGUAUAAAAUUUUUAAAGAGGCAUGGAGAAAAAAAUUUAAUACAUGAAUAUCUGAAACAGUUCCGAGUACAUAUAAGCCACAAAUUACUGGGUUGUUGUUGUUGUUGUUUUCAGUCUGCUAAUUCCAUUCCAAACUCUUUCCUAUCAAUUCCACUUUUUAAAAUAUUCACUUUUCAGGAGACCCAAGAAAGAAAAUUAACUGGGUGAGAGAAUAAGCCUUCUAAACUGCCCUUGAUUCUUAAAGGCCUCUUUUCUUUCAGCAUGUGAGAAAAGAAACCUGUUUCUGGACCAUAAUACUUGGGACUGCAGUAGGAGACUCACAUGAUGGGUUGAAUGCUCCUCCAUACAAAAAUGUGGCCUUGUAAAUAAAAACCUAGCCAUCAGGGUUUUUUUAACCUAGUUUAUUGUUUCUCCCCUUACCUGCUAGUUUUCCAAAUGCAGGGGGGAAUUGUUAACAAGUAGUAGUAGUAGUAGUAGUAGUAAUAAUAAUAAUAAUAAUAAUAAUAAUAAUAAUAAUAAUAAUAUAAAUAAAUAAAAAUGAAUGAAUGAGGUCUCCUGUCAGUUUCAUUAACAGGUUCUUACUUGUCUGGGGAAAGCAAGCUGAAAAAUUAAGAAUGCUGAGUAGCUUUCUCCUGAAACCAGACUGUGGUUUUGUAUACCUUCCAGAUCACUUCUUCCCACUCUCAAAAAGCUGGCAUUGACCAUUUGGCACAUGGCAUUGUAUAUCAUUGCUCAUUCAUUUGGGGAAGAAUAAUAGAAUCAGUGCUUUUUUUCUGGAGGGAUGCAGGGGUACGCCUAUCCCUAAACAUUUUCUGAAUCUU